CUUAAAACUGAAAUCAGAGGAAGAACAAGAAAGGCUUGAUGGAAGUGAAAACAACCAACAACAGGUUGAAGAAAGGAAGAAGUCCAAAAGAAAUGACAUGGAAGUAUCAGAAAACUUGUAUGCUGCUUCUGCUGAGGUUAAUGAUGGUGGAUUAAUUCAACAAAGAAUGAGUGAACAACCUGAUAAUCAGCAAUUUCCUCUUAAGGAUAAUGAUUCUAAUAGGCUUUCCAACAAACCAAUCAUUGAUGAUUCAUCGCCUACAUCAGACAAUGAAGACUUAGAUUUUGAUAGUAAGAGCAUUUCUGAAAGUGUUCCAGAGAAGUCUUUUGCUUCCUUAUGUGAAGCCACAGAUCAGAAAGGAAAAAAUAUAUUAAAUGGACAAAUGGAAGAUGUGUCAGGAGAACUAGACUUAAAAAUGAAAUCAGAGGAAGAACAAGAGAGGCUUGAUGGAAGUGAAAACAACCAAUCACAGUACUUGAUGACUUAAGGAUAAAGUUAUUGUUGAAACAUGCACCCCGACAGAAAACACAUCUGAAAAUCAAACCAAGCCAAUUAAUCUUCCACUUUUGCAUCUGCAAAAAAUGUCUCAAGAACCUGAAAUGAAUGAGGAAUGUGAUAGAAAGGAUAUAUCUGUCUAUUCAGGGCUUCCUUUUCUUCAAAAGCAUGAGGAAAUGUUGAUGAAACAAGGCAAGUUAGAAUUGAAAAAUAAUUUAAAACAUCGCAAAUGAGUUAAAGCAGAAGUUUGCUGAAAUUAGUGAAAAAUUUAAAAUUACUGCUUAUCCUGAGGAAGAGCCACUACUUGACAACUCUAAAGGAGCAAACUUAAAGGAACUAUCCUCUAAUUUGACAAAUAAUAUACUUGAUGGUGAGGAGAAUGAUGCAUCUGGAGUAUCUGUAUCUGUUGUAUUCCAGGCAGUUCCUCAACAAAGAGAACCAAGUCUCAAAAAUGUCUUUCCAUCUCGUUUAUACUCUGGGUCCCAGGAAUAUACUUGCCUGUUACCUUCUAAACUUGACUUAAAUCAUA